CAGGCUUGGUCAGAACGCGUCUCUGAUUGGCUACGACGGUCGUUCUGAGGCAUUUCCUCCUCUCUCGGCCAAUCACCGUCGAUAUAUUUCCAUAGCGGCGACGUGAUUGGCUGAGCGAGAGUGUAACUCUUCAGAGCGCCAGAAAACAAUCUUUAGCGGGUGAUUCCUUCUCGCCUGUCCAUCUGUGCGACUGAAAUAAGAAGAUUACCAGCUCAGAUCUUCUUAUUUAAAGAGAAAAUUAUGUUCAUUUAAGGAGGAAAAGGAAGCAUCACCUCUGCCAAGGAGUUAUUUACGUCUUUAGGAUUUUUCUAUUCCAAGGACGGGACUUUAAGGAGAACAUCUGCAUGGACAGAAGAAAAAUGACCCCACUGAAGUGUGAGUCUGUGAACGGAUUUAAGAGAGUUUCCAGCCCAGAUAUCACCCAUAUGACCCCCAUCAAACUCACGGAGAGGGUCCAUCCGGACCCAUGGACCCCAACAGCCAACCUGAAAAUGCUGAUCAGUGCCGCCAGCCCAGACAUCCGCGACAGGGAGAUGAAGAAAACCCUCUUCAGACCCAUUGAAAAUGAAGAGAAGGCUAUAGAAGAGGAUGAAGAGGAAGAACUUGACGACUCGUGUCAGUAUGAAGCGUUAGAUGACUCUGAGAGGAGACCCAGCCGUAAACAGAAGAGUUUGGGGCUUUUGUGUCAGAAAUUUCUGGCCUUGUACCCUGAUUACCCAGAAACCUCUGAAGGCAUCAAUAUUUCUCUGGAUGAGGUGGCCGCACGCUUGGGCGUUGAGCGGCGACGUAUCUACGACAUUGUGAACGUGCUGGAGUCUCUGAUGCUGGUGAGCAGAAUGGCUAAGAACCUGUACGUGUGGCACGGACGCUCAGCUCUGCCACAGACCCUGCAGGAUCUCCAUCAGGCGGGUCGCGAGCAGGGCUACCAUCUGCAGAUGGACCAGAGAGAAGGAAGCUGCCCGUAUGCCACCCACCACACACAAAACACACACGCGGCCUCCAGCAGACGAAAGGAUAAAUCGCUCCGUAUCAUGAGCCAGAAGUUUGUCAUGCUGUUUCUGGUGUCCAAAACACGGACCGUUACCCUCGAUACAGCUGCUAAGAUUCUGAUCGAAGAGGGCCAGGAUGAGUCCAGCCACAGCAAGUAUAAAACUAAAGUGCGUCGUUUGUAUGAUAUCGCUAAUGUCCUGACCAGCCUGAAUCUGAUCAAGAAACUUCAAGUGCGAGAGGAAAAGAGUCGUAAACCUGUCUUCAAAUGGAUCGGACCCGCCGAUUUCCACAGCAGCUGCGAUUCAGACGAUCUGAGAGUCUCAGCAGCUCAGGUCAGCACCACCGGGGAACGACGGGAGAAGAUGACGCGUCACUCCUCCUUUCAGGUCAUUCCCGCACCUCCUGUCAAUCAGAGGCGGAUAAGCUCCGCCCCCAGCACACCUCACAGACCUUCUACAGAUGAGCCGGUGGAUUAUUCUAGGAAGAGUGUGAACACCAGCGCAGUGUGUCGACUGCAGUUUGGAGACAGUGUUCAGCCCAGUGGAAGUCCUGUAGUGUUGUCUACUGGACAGGCGUCACUAGCGGUCCCUCUUCAGACUGACGUGCCGUAUGCAUCGCUGCCCGUUUCUGCCCAGUUCACCUCUCACCCGUUAGCGUACCUGCCCGGUCUGCCACAAACACCCCUGCUCAUGGUGUACAGCGGACACGUGCCAGACGCCGUCGCCCAGAGGUCACCGGUCUCAGGCCACAGGGAGGGACAUCUGAAGAAGAGAGAGAGACUAGAGGAAGAGGAUGAUGAUCAGGCAGCUAAACGAAACAAACGCUCUGCUUCCAUAGAAAGUGAAAUGUGUGAGACUGAGAGUCUGAGCUCCAGCGCCAGAAGGUCUCCGGUCUGCUCUCGAGAAGGUUCCCCGUGGGACGAGGCCUCGUUUGGGCCGAUGAAUGAGGAAGAUGCGGGAGUGCUGUCCUCUCAUUACCUCUAUGUUCCCAACACAGCAGGUCUGAACGGUUUGAACUUCCUCAUGCCAGCGGGACACACACAGGGUGGCGUGCCAGCUGUAGCUAUGCCGUAUUUUUUGGUGCAUUCGCCACUCAUAGCGGGUGCAGCGCCCACCUCUGGUGCUGAGGGGGCUGCCAGCAGCGGUCUGGGUUUCAGCGUGCCCACCGUGUUGUCACCGGCUCAUUUUGUGAUGGCAGGAGGGGCGUUUGGUGUGGUGGAAACACUGAACAGCCCUGAGCAUCAUGGGCACAGAUUACCAGCAGCCACACUUUCACCACAGGGGCCACGAGCACAAGAAAGCCCUCAGCCAGCGCAAACACAGACUCCUGUGACACCAAAGGAAGCGGCAGUGGGGUCCAAAUCUUUCUUCGAGACGCCUGGAGCUUUUGGGUCUCUCAGCACACCGCCGGCGGCACGCAAAAGAGGCUCCGCCCAGAGGAGGCUGGACAUCGGACACGCCUCAGCCAAUUAGAUUAGCCGCUGCAUUUGUGUCAUGUUUCCAUGCUUCUGUGGUGCUAGAGUGCCAAAGACAGAAACAGCAUUACACCACAAAAUAAUUCUCAUGAAAUGAACAUUUCCUGUUUAGCAACUAGUGAACAUCAGAAUAAGAGGGCAGAUACUAGUGUGUCAUUGGAAAGAGUCUGUUACACACACUCUUGUGGCUAUGUUUAUGUUUUCCCGCCAUCACUUUUAAUAGUGUUUUGGAGUUCUUUUGACAUCCUACAAAAAUAUUGCCUGAUUUCGUUUACCGUUAUUAUUUAUUAAAGUAUUCCAGAGGCUAAAAUCAACAAUCCAGCUUCAGCACUACGUAUUUAAAAAUGAAAAUGAAGUCUGGAUUGGCUUCUGAGAAAGAACUACACCGAUCUGCUCUAUAGUAUGUUCACUAUCUCACAGGCUUCUCACAGUGUGAAGCAGUCAUGCCUUAGAAAUGUAUUUGGUACAUGACGCCUUCACCACAGAGAAUGAAUGAAUUCUGAGUGUAUUUGUGAUUAAGAACAAAAUAAUGGUUGUAAUUUCUGACACUGUUGAAGUUUGAGGUGCUACAUCUGUGAAACCAACAGAAAACAAAGACAUACUUGAAUGACCAGAGAAUAUGAUCUGCAGAAAUAUCACAGUACUGUACUGUUUUGAAACAAAGUAUGUUUAUGUGUGAACUGUUUCUAGACUAGUAAUAAAUUAUUUUUGGAAACAUCUGGAUUGAAUUUUGCACCACGAUCCAUAGAGCUGUACAGUAUUUACAGGUAUUUCACUGUACUGUAACCCGUAGCAUCUAAUAUUUUGUAUGCAUGUUAUUUUUUGUAUCUGUCAGUGUUGGAUGUUUCAAGCUGCACUGCUGAAUCUGUAUGGUGCUUUUGUGUUUGUCAGAUGUAUUUUCAAUCAUUGUAUGUAUGGACACAGGUGUCAUACAUGUCAUACAAAAUAAAUAUAUGUAAAAUGUAA